AUGGAUGCAGAUAAGGUGAUGUUUGAAGAUAUUCGUCUGCACGUGAGUAAAGUCAAAGUCAACCCUGCCGUCAUAUAUGCUCAGAGCCAAGCUCUCCAGCAGACCAAUGCCAAAUAUCCAUUUACUCAGACUCUCAUCAAGCAGAUGACCAUUCAAGCAGGUUCUACCUAUGACAAUAUAUUUCAGGGCAAGAGACCGAAUUUAGUCGUAGUUAGAUUUGUAAAUGCUAUCAGCGUAUCAGGUAGCUACGAGCAAAACCCCUGGUUCUUUCAGUCCUAUGCCAUUUCAUCUAUUGGACUCUACGUAGAUGGUAUACCCGUCGGAGGUAAUCCCCUGAAGCUAAAAUAUAGUGAAAAUGGUGGACAGACCGUCAAUCCUGUACUGAGGAGUAUGCUACAAUCUACAGGAAAAUGUUUGAGUGAUACAGGGUUGAAUUUAGAGAGAGACGAUAUUGGACAGGGCUAUUCCCUUUACACCUUUGACCUAGAACCAGCAUUCAGAACGAGUCAAUAUCUUUCCUUGAUCAAACAAGAAAACGUCAGGUUAGAGACUAAGUUUGGGUCUGCGUUAACGGAAGCCGGUUCCUGCAUCAUCUACUGCGAAUAUCCUGGUUACUUUGAAAUCAAUACUGCGAGAGACGUUGUAUCGCCAUGA